UCUCUCUUCUGGUCCAUCUUUGGCCUGAUCAGCCUGUACGUGACCAACGUGGUCCCGGACCACCAGUUCACAGAGUUUGUGGGAGCCACCAUGUUCGGCACCUACAACGUGAUUUCACUGGUGGUUCUCCUCAACAUGCUGAUCGCCAUGAUGAACAACUCGUACCAGCACAUCGCCGACCACGCUGACAUUGAGUGGAAAUUUGCCCGGACCAAGCUGUGGAUGAGCUACUUUGAGGAAGGGGCCACUCUGCCGGCACCGUUCAACAUCAUCCCCAGCCCCAAAUCAUUCUGGUACCUCAUGUGUUGGAUCAAGAAGCAGAUCUGCAAGAGGACGAGGUCCAAACAACCGGAGACCUUCGGGGCUCUGGGAGUAAGUCGGUCGACAGAACUUCGGGUUUGUUUUUUUGGGGCUUAA